GACAAGAAGUGAGACGUCUGGAGCAGGACAGGCAAAAGCUAGAAAAAAAGGUAUGAAAUGAAAGAGAGAAAAAGGAGAGGGAGGGUUAUACAAAACACCCACAUCAUGGCAGUCAGUGGAGACUCAACCCACAGCACUGAAGAGAGAAAGAACAAGCCAGAGGACACUGACGAAAUAAUGCAUGUAGCUCCUGUUCUCUACUUUCAUAUGAGCAGACCCUGGACAUUUAAUAUGUGCACAGCAAAGACACAGAAGAAACAUCAAUCAUGGAGACCCCGGGGUCCCGUCUCCAAGCAACAUUUUCAUGUCAGUUUUUCAACAAACAAAAAAAAAGACGUGGAGGAAAAAAAACUCUGGGGAGCUGAAUGGUGAUAAGAUCCGCCCCCUUUGCAUGGUUUGCUCUUGUCUAACGGCAGUCUGGAGUAUUCAGUGACUGGUUCACUCAAGGACAAACACUGAUUCGCACAUGCAUGGCUGUGGAGAGCAUGCGAAGGAGAUUUGAUUCAGGAUUUGUCAGUGGAUUUAUUUUGCUCAGACAGUUUCCCAAUUGGGAAUAGGAAGGAUCUCCACACAAGGCUAUGAGUCCAUCAGAGCAUCCACCAUCAUUAAAAUUCAGUAAUAGUGCACCUGCCGCCACCAAGACCACCACCUGCUUUCUCCAGAUGUCCCAGGAAACAUGGGUAGUGUCAGCAGUUUGAUAUCAGGCCAUAGCCUCCACAGCAAACACUGCAAAGCCUCCGAACACAAACCCAGGAAAGGGCUUCAUUCUAAGAAAACAGGCCGUAGUUUGGACGGCCUUCUGAAGUAUGGCUUCUCUCAGGACCACUGCGGCAACAACAACUCGAAAGUCAGCUAUCAUUCAGGCAAAAACGAAGACUUCUUUUACAUCAAGGUCAACAACAAUCCCCGAGCCGGUCACCAUAAUUUUAACACAGCUGAGGGGAGUGAAGCAACAUCAGCUGAGAUGGACAGGAAUGGAGGGCCACCAGAAUUAGUUCCUCUGUCUGGGAAACUAGAAAAGAGCGUAGAGAAGGAUUUGAUCCGGCCCACCGCCUUCAAACCGGUCCUUCCCCAUAGUAGCAGUUCCUCGGUGGAGACUCAUAACAACCUGAGCAGUAUCCUGGGCAGGAGAAUCAGUCCCACAGACCGACUCAAAGACCUCCAAGACCCAAAGCUGGAGACAAACUUCGGAACGUACUCAGACUCUGGACGUAACUCAAUGUCGAGUCUGCCCACCCACAGCACCAGCGGCAGCAGUCAGAUAGACAACCUAAGCACCUCAACAGGUCACAUGGUGCGCCACGGAGGCACGACCCACAGCGUGGAUACUUGUCAGAACUCGCAGGGUUGUGUCACAGGUGUGAAUGGAAACUCGAGUUGGAUGUGUAGCGGGACUAAUAUGAUCAGUGGAAACUGUUGGGUCAAUGGGAACAGUGACACAAACAAAAUGGAAGAAUCCACUAGCGCCAACACGAGAUCCAUUGGUGUCCUCAGUGAAAGCGUGGCGGCCGCGAUGAGUAUGAACAGAGAAAUAACUGCCGCAGCAUUGACCGUGUCGCCCGCCGAGCCGAGGCUUGACUUCUCUGGAAACCAAGAGGCGCUUAUGGAACACAGAUUUACGAUUUCUGAGCAAAGCCAGACAAAAUCAACAACUUCUGGCGGCUGUAUCCGAUCACCGAUCUCGACGGAUGAAUCACUGAUACAGCAGCUGGAGCAGAAACUUCUGGAACGUGAAACCGAGCUGGCGGAGUUACAGACGAGUCUCGAGGAGAAAGAGUCGGACACAUGUCAGCUGUUUGAUGAGAAGCAACGCUACUGCGCAGAGGAGAUGGAGGGGCUGAAGCAACGGUGUUCUACAAAACUACGUCAAGUGUCCCAGAGGGCUGUAAGAGCCCAGCAGUUAUUGCAGCUUCAGGUGAUCCAGCUCCAGCAGGAUAAAAAACGUCUGCAGGAGGAGGUGGACCAGCUCAACCAUGAGAGGAACUCGGCAGAAAGCCGACUCCGUACCUACGAGAGCCAGAAAAAACAUCUAGCACCCACAUUAGAAGAGUCACAGUGGGAGGUGUGCCAGAAGUCAGGUGAGAUUUCGCUUCUAAAGCAGCAGCUCAGAGACUCUCAGGCUGAGGUCGGCAACAAACUGAGUGAGAUCGUCGGUCUCAAAGCUGCUCUCAAGGAGUCUAAAAACAAGCUGAUAGAGCUGGAGCAGAAGAACAAGGAGUUUGAAGAAGCUCUUCGCCAGCGAAGCACUGAGGUCGAGGUAUGCAAGAACGAGUUCCAAAGAAAGAAAAACGAGGCCGAUCUCCUCAGGGAGAAGGUGAGCAUGCUGGAAACAGACAUCCAGGGUAUGAAGCAGGACCUUGCGGUGGCCAAAGAGGAGCAGCAGCAACUAAUGACCAUGAGAGCCAAGGUGGAGGAGCAACAGCUGCAAAUGAAGAUAAGCCAAGCCAGGAUGGAGGCCUUUGGAGUUGGUCAAGCCAAAACGAGGACCCAGGAGGGAACAGGAGCCAGUAAAACGCUGAAUCAGAACGGGGCGACUGUAGACAUAGAUACUCUACAGAAGGAGGUCGAGAGGCUCAGGGGAGAACUGAAAGAGGAGAAACAAAAGAAACAUAAAAUGAUGAAUAGCUUCCAGCAAGAGAGACAAACAUGGAAUAAAGAAAAAGAUAAAGUAAUCAGAUACCAAAAGCAGCUGCAGUACAACUAUCUGCAGAUGUACAGAAAGAACAAAGAUCUGGAGAAGAUCCUGAGGGAGCUGACGGCUGAGAUGGACACCAGGACAGAUGUAGACGUGGACAGCCACAGCUCGGAUCUGAACUUUGAUAAAAUUGUAGCAACUGAGAUAUGAGGUUAUGUGUUUCUUUUUACACCAUCACAGUCACCUUACAAAGGUCUGUGAUCUGUGCUUCUUGCCUAAACCUUAAAGGUCCAGUGUGUAAUUAUUGGGGGGAUCCAUUGACAGAAUUAUAUACAUAAUUAUAUACAUAACUAUGUCUUCAGAGGUGUAAAAAGAUCUUACAUAAUGAAGCGUUAUAUUUUAAUUACCUUAGAAUGAGCUGAUUCUAUCUACAUACACCGCGGGUCCCCUUGCAUGGAAUUCACCAUGUUGUGAUGGGCACUUGAGCACAUGAGAGACCAGUAGUGUACUACAGUGGCUGUGCAAGUCUGAAAUCUACCUAUUGUAAACCAGAGUGCUUGCUGAAGUUUAAAAGGUAAUGAGUACGAGUACAUGAGCUUAGUAUCUGGCCCAAUACCGAUACUGGUAUCAGUGCAUCCCUACUUUGCAUUGAAUUUGUAUGUAAUUUACUCGCGCAAAUGAUAAAAUGUGCUUCUAGUGCAUACACACCAUAAGGUUCAGAGCUGUCGUAGUCUUGUUGUCAAAGCAGUUACAAUUUUAUGGCAAAAUCCAACAAAUUUAACAUAAGGCUUUAGAUAAGACGCCUUUAGUCACCUCUGUAAUCUACAAAAUAUAUGAAUACAAACUAUGACUGAGAUUAUUAGUACUGCCGUCUGCAUUCACAAAAUAAAAGUCCACAUAUACUACAUUUAAAGCCAUUCUAUAGCUUCGAAGAACAAACUUUAAUGUUUACUGAAAAUGUUCAUGUUACGACUCACAGACUUUUGGCUGGUUACUUUUUUCGAAACGUCUGGCAUCGUAAUACACAGGUGAUGGGCAAAAAAAGCAUUUGAUGUCAAACCUGCCACAGCUUGUAUUUUUUUCAAUUCAAUAUUGUUGUACAAGUUCUUGAAAACGUGAAAGAAAACCCAGAUAUAAGGUUUAAAUUUAGGUCUGUUCCUCACACAAAGCUAUUGUAUGGCGAUGCUUUUUGCCCUUUGUGAAAACUGGCAUUAUCCACUUGUACAUAAAAAAGAAAUUCAAACAUCACGUUUUGCCUUUUACAAAAGAAGGAAAUAAAACUUUUCAAUGAACUAUUUCUUUACAGCAGUAGAAAUUAAAGCUAAAUAUAACAUAUUGUCAAAACAAUUUUGUAACUUUUUUAAGUAAAUUGGAGCAGUACUGUAAAAGUCUAAAGGAACCUUACACAGAAAACAAGGAAAUUGCUCUAAAAGCGACAAAGAUAUUCCUUAACUCUUUAAAUUUCAUGUCAUCUCAAAAUAAGACUUAACGCUACAAUGGGUCAUCUAGCAGCAAGGAUGCUUACAAUAGCACAGUACAAACACAAAAGACAGAACAAAUAGCUAGAGGUGCUACAGCAACAGAUAAUGAGUUCAGUGUCAUUUGCAGCACUUACUGUACUAACAACAGUCAAGUCUGAUGCAUUUUAAUUGUGUCGCUGCCAAAAUAUAACUCUACCAUAAAUACACACAUAACAAAUCUGCUUGAAAUAAUAAACAGAAAGACAGAUGGACAGCAGAAAGCCUGCUACAUUUUGUUUUCACAAAUUGGGUGCCCAGUGUUGUUCAUCAUGCAAUAUUUUCCAGAAAGCUGUCUUUUAUAUUAUCAUCCUCAGAGCUUCCAGGAGUCUUAAUUUGGAGAAAAGAAAAAGGGCGUAAUCUUAUUUUUGAUGGUGAUGGGUGGCUGUGGGAUGUAAGAUGCAUGUAUGUGUUGUAUAUUUCUUAUUUAUUUAUUUUGAUUAAAUAAAGGACGAUUUUUCUGUA